AACACUGUCUAAUUUCCCAAUUAGACAUGGCUCUCCAACUUCUCGGCAGCCCGCUCCUACUGCUUCUUCUUCUCGGCACUAUGGUCUCAGAGAUUUCUCCAACUGAGGUCUGUUCAAAUACCAUUCUACCAGGAUCAAAAGGCGAUGAUGGCGAGAUUGGCCAGGAGGGCGAACAGGGAAAGCAAGGAAAGACAGGACCACCCGGACAUCGAGGGUUAACGGGAGAGCUCGGCAGUACAGGAGACGCUGGACAGACAGGGAAGACAGGACCUGCCGGAUACAAAGGUAGUAAAGGAGACCCCGGUACAGAUGGACCCUCUGGACUAAAAGGAAAGCCAGGUACAACUUGUGACUGUGGGAGAUACAGAAAAGUUGUUGGCCAGAUGGACGUCAACAUCAACAAGCUGAAAAAUGCCAUUAAGUUUCUAAAGAAUGUGAUCUUGGGCAUUAUGGAGACAGAAGAAAAGCUGUACCUGAUCGUCAAGGAGGCACGGAAGUACCAAGAGGCUCUGGUCAACUGCAACCUACGGGGCGGCACCCUGGCCAUGCCCAAGACUGAAAACACUAACUCGGCGUUAGCAGGCUAUGUCAACCGGGCUGGUCUGACUCGGGUAUUCAUCGGACUACAGACCAGCGAACAACCAGAUCAGGGCACAGCUGUAUACACAGACCAGAGUCCCGUCCAGAACUAUACCGCCUGGGCAGAGGGGGAGCCCCAGGGGGCGGCCGCCAACAGCAGCUGUGUGGCGCUGAGCAGUGCAGGCCGGUGGAGCCCAGUGCUGUGCGAGGGCAGCAUGUUCUACGUGUGCGAGUUCAACAAGGAGCGCCUGGCUCCCAUCACCCUUCAGCAGUGACUACAUGGAGAGGGCUAAUGUGAAGAAUGAGGCCACUGGAGUAUUUGUGUUUCUUAAUGUUGUACUCUUGUGUUUGUAUAAGUAUAGUCAUUACACUUGCAAACACUUUAAAAUAUACAGAACACUCUGAUGUUGAUCUUUUUUUGUAGUUGAGCAUAUGAUUUAUUAAAAGACCAUCCAAAAAAAUAACAACUUUACAUUACCAAAGAAAGUCCUCAGUAUUCUAUAAAGCCACAAUACUCUUUCAUCCCCAACACUAAGAUCCGUUUAGAACCUUCAAAAACGUAGCAUAGCUGUCAGUUCAGGUCAAAGGGUGACCUUUCACAGAAUGAGAACAUAUAAAUCGCUUAUGGUCAGAGUGUAAUAGUAGCAAGUAUCAUUAUGGAUAUAGUGACAUAAAGAUUAAUUUCUGAACAGUAAUGUAGCCUGGUCACGCCUACCUAAAUUUCCUUAAGUGAAAGAGUCUGGUUUUAACCACACCACCGUGUUGCAGCUUCUGAAAACCCUACCACAACCACAAAAUCAAUAAGCCCUACCACGGUGAACAAUGAAGUGAAACUGUUAUGCCCUGGCUGUCAUGACUAGCACACAUUGCUGGAACCAAUAAUGUAAUAGCCCAUGCAUGCAAUAAAAGAUUCAU